GGAAAGGGGGCUGGCCCAAAGGCAAGAAAAGGAAACCCGCAAGGGAUAUUUCUGUUCCCCGUGCUCCUGUGACAGGGUACGUGAUCUUCCUAAAUGAGCAGAGGAGUCAGCUAAGGGCCAAGCAUCCGGAUCUGCCUUUUACAGAAAUCACAAAGAUGUUGGCAGCUCAGUGGGCUCAGCUGUCUCAAGAGAAAAAGCAAAGGUAUGUUUAUGAGGCAGAUGAAGACAAGCAACGCUACAUACGUGAGCUGCAGGCCUACCAGAGCUCCCAGGCCUGCAGAGCCUUCCUGCGGAGGCAAGCGGCCCAAGAGGCACAGGCGCUGUUGGGACCAGGCACACCAGGAAACAGAUUGGAGAGGGAGGACCUUCCAUUCUCACCACUUAAUGGGGAUGAAAGCAACGACCUGUACUGUAGGACCUGCAGGCAGUUCUUCAGCUCCCUGCAUAACAAGAAGGAACACCUGCUGGGAAAACAGCACCUGCAGAACCUCGCAGGGAAAUUCGAAAAAGAUUCCACAGAGUACUUAAAGCAUCUGGAACCGCCAGAGCAAAAAGAAGGUCAGAAUUUGCACAAAGGGGACUUGGAGGAGGAAGCCGUGUGCCCUGAUCCACUUCUGCUGGGAGGCCUGAUUCCAGGGAAGCCUUUUGCCUCAUUUGACUUGUGUUUCUUGCAAGAGUUUAUCUUUAAACUUCUGAAAAGUAAGCAGUCUAGUUCAGCACUUUCCUGGUAA